AUGAUGACCGACAAGACGAGGAUAAAAAAAGUUAAACAUGAAGGCUCCGAGGACCUGAAGGUGCUCGAGCAGUUUCCAGUCGAGCGCGACGGAAGUAGGGGUCAGAAUCAUGUGAUCCUGGACCGCGACGAGAGCGGCAUCCUCCCCGUCGGCAACACCAACAUUAAAAAGGACGCAGGGAAAGUUGGUGUGGAAGAGAAGGGAAAUCUCGGAAGAGACCGGGGCUCUACGGGGAUCUUCAAUAAUAUUAUGUCCAACAACAAAGUUUCGCCGAUCGUUUUGCUCCCAAACCAGCUCAUGUCAGCGCCACUUGGCUCUUCUGUUUGGCUGGAAUGUAAGACCGAAGCUUAUCCUCGCGCCGUCACCUUCUGGAAGCACAACCAAAGCAUGGUCAUGUCCACCAACAAAUACAAGCUGGAGGAGUACCACGAAGACGACUACACAACAACCGUUAAACUUACCAUAAAUGAGCUGGAGCCCGGAGACUUCGGCAAGUACCUGUGUUACUCGCGCAACUCCUUUGGGGAGAACGACGGGACGGUGGAGCUUCACGCAAAUUGCAAAAUGAUCUUAAAAAAAGAAGUUCCCGGGAUAUUUAACAAUAUAAAACCCGGUGCAAAUUAA